UGAGUCUGUAUCAGAUUUUGAGGAGUAAUCAAUUGUUUGGAGAUUGUUAAUGGACGUUUCUGAGUGAGAACGACAGUGAACACUCAGGAACCCUGACCUUUAACCUGAUACCACAGCAUACCCAUCAUCUGACCCCAGAACAGUCUGAAGCUGAGAGCACACUGAAGUGUAACAGGUUUCUUUUGCUGUGAUUGAGGAGAGAUGGAUGAGAGAGCAGGAGAUCCCCGACCACCUGUGAUGUUGUCAAUGUUGAAGGAGGAACCCGAACUGAAAUAAAAACCUACGCCCAUGUGAGCAGCAGCGGUGGUCCCGAGCGUCAGCGCCAGAGAAAUCUCAACGGCACCAUUCCAGCGUUCUGCUGCGGAUCAGGCGACGGGCAUGUGAGAAGAUGUCCGUGGGAGGCUGCGCGUGUCCCGGCUGUUCCUCCAAGUCUUUCAAGCUGUACUCCCCAAAGGAACCGCCCAACGGCAGUGCUUUCCCCCCCUUCCACCCCGGCACCAUGCUGGACAGAGACGUGGGCCCGACGCCCAUGUAUCCCCCCACAUACCUGGAGCCAGGAAUUGGGAGACACACGCCGUAUGGAAACCAGACAGACUACAGGAUAUUUGAACUCAACAAGCGACUUCAGAACUGGACUGAGGAGUGUGAUAAUCUGUGGUGGGAUGCUUUCACUACUGAAUUCUUUGAAGAUGACGCUAUGCUGACCAUCACAUUUUGUCUGGAGGACGGUCCGAAACGAUACACGAUCGGCCGAACGCUAAUUCCUCGUUACUUCAGGAGCGUGUUUGAGGGCGGAGCCACUGAGCUCUACUACAUCCUCAAGCACCCUAAAGAGUCUUUCCACAACAACUUUGUGUCUCUGGACUGUGAUCAAUGUACGAUGGUCACACAGAACGGCAAACCCAUGUUCACACAGGUGUGCGUGGAGGGUCGUCUGUAUCUGGAGUUUAUGUUUGAUGAUAUGAUGAGGAUAAAGACGUGGCACUUCAGCAUCAGACAGCACAGAGAACUCAUUCCUCGCAGCAUCCUGGCCAUGCACGUCAGUUCCUCUUCCUUUCUCACUCUCAAAGUGUUGGUUUGUUUGUACGUCCUUCCUUAUAAAUGUGUGUUGUUUGUGUCUCAGGCCCAGGACCCACAGAUGUUGGACCAGCUGUCCAAAAACAUCACCAGAUGUGGCCUCUCCAACUCCACCCUCAACUACCUCCGAUUGUGUGUUAUCCUGGAGCCCAUGCAGGAGCUGAUGUCCAGACACAAGACGUACAGUCUGAGUCCCAGAGACUGCCUGAAGACGUGUCUCUUUCAGAAGUGGCAGAGGAUGGUCGCUCCUCCCGCUGAACCGGCCAGACAGGCACCAAGCAAACGACGAAAGCGCAAGAUGUCGGGCGGGAGCACGAUGAGCGCGGGCGGUGGCACCAAUAACAACAGUAACAGCAAGAAGAAGAGUCCUGCAAACAGCUUCCCACUGUCCAGUCAGGUCCCUGAUGUGAUGGUGGUAGGCGAGCCUACUCUGAUGGGGGGAGAGUUCGGUGACGAAGACGAGCGGCUGAUAACGCGGCUGGAGAACACGCAGUUUGACGCCGCCAACGGCAUCGACGACGAGGACAGCUUUAACAACUCGCCCGCGCUGGGUGCCAACAGCCCCUGGAACAACAAGCCUCCGUCCAGCCAGGAGGGGAAGAACGACAACCCCACCUCACAGGCGUCUCAGUGAGACUCAGGGCUGCGGGGCGGGUGAGGCUGGGGAGAGCCAAUGGGAGCGUUGGGAGUCAGAUGGGAAGGAAGAAGAGUUGGUUCAUCUAUGUGCAGAACGGCACCCAGCGCUGGUCUUCCUGUGUUCGCAGGAAAUAAACACAGAGGACCAGAGAUGAGAGCCAGAACAGUUUACACACAAACACACACAGACAGACAGACAGAGGACUCACAGAGUUUCUAAUCAAGCGCUCAUGGUUUUAUUCUUGUUGUUUUAUGGGGUUGAACCUCCUCUGAGGAGCAUGUAGAUAUAGUUCAUUAAGUUAAGAUGGAACGGAGAAACCCUUCGCUGGAAGAAACUGACCGUGUAAAGCGUCAACAUGUCAAACAGGCAACAGAUGAAUCUCUAAAACUUGUCAAGAACACGUCUAGGUCAAAUCGUUUUUCUUCCGAUUAUUUUCAUUACUGUAGUACAGUUUUUCCUUUUAUAAUUUAAAACAUUUUAUUGACAAACACACGCUACAAUAAUGUAUAAAUGGAUACUUUAUUACAAAAAAAACUGAGAAUUGGGCAAGGUAUUGUCAUUAAAAUAAUGAUAGUCCCUAAAAUAGACAUUUUGUUUUGAAGUAUGUUCACGUGUUCUUCACAGAUCUUAGAGAUUCACAUGCAGAUUUAUUUCUGGUCUGGCAUGAGUUCAGGUCUUCCUCUGACGAAUGUUUGAAACUGUGAGCGCGUCACGUUUAAUAGCCUGGAUCCGUUCUUCUUUCAAGUUGACAUUUUGGAGAAUUUUAUCCGUGUUUUAUACCAGCCUCGAUUUCCCUAGAAUGUUUUUAUUUCAUUUCUCUUUUUUUACCGACAACGAAAGCUGCGAACCAAGGAGAAACGGGACCACCGAGGUCCUAAUAGAUUCAACCCUCAGAUUCUAUUGGUUUGUAUUAUUUUUUAAAGAGAGUCAUUUAGUGUGGGCUUUUGAUUCAUUUCUGUGUAUUUGUGCUUGUAUAUUUAAGGUAGUAGCAGAGUUCUGUAAAACUGUAUUGAGAUGUAUUCCUCUUUAGAGUCACAUAAAGCCAUUCUGAUCUAAUGUGUAAAAACAGGAAAAGGUGAAAGAUUAAACACACGAGCUUCGUCUCUUCCCCGUUAUUCAUAUUAUUUCCAUUUGUGUAAAACUGAAUGAGAUCAAGGGCACAAUCUCUGUUGUUUGUUUGGAUUUCAGAUCCAUUUCGUACACAAAAGAGAUGCUUUAAAUGUGUUUGACAUCUUCUGUUUCUGGGUUGUUUAUCAGUCUCUUUACAUACACAUGAAGGUUUGCUUUUAUUUUGUAAAGAGAUGCCAGUUAUGCAUAACUAAAUGUGUUUCUUUAACAAGUUGGCUGUUUUUCUAUCACUCAAUACUGCUGAAAUCUAACUCGGUUGUUUUUACUCUUUCACUUUUUUUCUUUUCUCUGCUGGAUGAGUUUGAAUUAAAGCUCUGCACUUGUAAUUGAAACAAACUGGUGACUUUAACCUUGUAGAUGCCCCUGACUUUGAUAGAGCUUUGUUUUUUUUCCUUAUUUCUGCCCUUGAUUAAAUUAAUGUAUGGAAUCAAUAAAAUAUGAAUUUUCACUUUAA